AUGGUUCAAAAAUUCAAUGGUGUUUUCUGUCGCAAAAGAGUGACUCUCCCCCAAUGCCACUAUCCAUGGAUGGCACUCUCAUCGAUGAGACUGACCAGUUUUAAGUUUAAGGGAGAAUUUAUACUUAGAAGGGCACCCCACUUCGGUGGAAUUUGGGAGGCGGCCGUUAAAAUUGCAAAGGGCCAUCUCUAUCGCAGCCUGGGAGGUGCCAAGCUGUCAUUCGAAGAACUUUCAACUGCGCUGGUGGAGAUCGAGGCCAUAAUGAACUCCAGGCCAAUAACUCCGGUGUCCACAGAUCCCAAUGACGUCGAAGCCCUAACGCCAGCUCAUCUGCUUAUGGGGUCAUCACUAAAAGCAGUUCCUGAUCCAAUUGAAGAAGUCUCCGACAUCAGCUAUCUACAACGAUGGCGACGAAUAAAUGCCGUCAAAACUCUCUUUUGGAAGCAAUUGUCAUCAGAGUACAUCCUAGAACUCCGAGGACGUGCAAAGUGGGCGUCGUCCAGACCAAACAUCACAAUUGGUAGCCUUGUCAUUAUUCACGAGGACAACCUACCUCCUCAAAAGUGGCUCUUGGGGAGAGUCACGAAAAUCAUCGAAGGUCCCGAUGGUCGAGUCAGAGUCGCCGAUAUAAAAACGUCAAGAGGAGAGUUCAGGCGACCCAUUCGCAAACUCGCAGCGAUUCCAUCUUGA